AUGGUAAGGUUAAAACAAAGAUACAUCUUGUUUGAGAUCCUCCAGCCACCACAAGCACCAAAAGAAUGUCAUGAAGACCGUGACUUGUUCACCACGUUUGCCGAGUCUCCUUCCACUGGACUCCUUACCUUGCAUAGGCUGUCACCAAGCAGUAUAAAUCCCAAAGCCAUCACCAAUUCCAUAAAACAACACGUCCAAGAAUAUUACGGCGAUUUUGGUGCUGGUUUCUUGAUGACAUUAAACGUCAAGUACUUCAAUAACAAGACGUCAACUGGGAUAAUACGAUGUGGAAAUCAGAACUUCCAAUAUGUGCUUGGAGCCAUGACUUUAAUCAACAAGAUCGAGAGUAAGCCAGUCAUAAUUCGAUGCACACACGUCAGUGGGACGAUCAAGAAAUGUGAACAGUUUGCAUCCCAAAAGAAUAGGGAGUUGAUCAGGUGUAUAGAAGUUGACCAGAAAAGAGCCCGUGGUAAGUUACACACGAUCUGA